AUGGAAAUCUCCUUUCCUCUCAUGAUGGACUCUGAUCGAUCGAAUCGUGGUGAGGUCGGCGGACCGCAGAUGGUCAUCCAACAAUAUGCGCGAUACCCCCCGACCAUGGAAUCAACACUACAGAGUGCUUCCUCUUUGGGAAGUACCAGGAGUCAAUUGGACAUUAACAAGUCUCCUCCUUUGCAACGGAGAGAGACGCCAAGAAGUCUCCAAGCUUCUCCCAGAGGGAUGCGUUCCGUUAUGUCGCCGCCACUAUUUGAUGCCCACCGUCAACAACCGUUAAAGGAAACGGCCGAUCAUGCAGAUUCACGUACUCUUCCUCCUCGAGAUAUUACUGAAGAUACUAUUGAUGACGCUUAUGUGGCUUUCAUUCUUUAUUGCAAUCCCAAUGUUCCAUCUUCAGUGGAUACAGCAGAGCUGCGGAAAACGUUUCGCUGUCUGCCGCGAAGUGACGGUAAAAGUUUCAAUAUAUUCACUUUAUAUGGGCUCAUAAGAAGACGGCUACUGAACGAGGAGUUGAAGACCUGGAUUCAACUAGCAAUCGAGCUUGGAGUUGAACCGCCUUGCAUAGAGAAAAAGCAAAGUACCCAAAAGGUUCAACAGUACACUGUCAGGCUCAAGCGUUGGAUGCGUGCCAUGCAUAUUGAUGCGUUCUUCGAGUAUUGCUUUGGCCUUCCCCAUCAGUACUACACGCAACUUCCACCAUCUGGUCCGUUUGUUGGUGAGCCCCGUGAUGGUGUAGCGUUGGAAGAGGAUCUAGCCCUCAGGGCGCUUGUCCCACAAUGGAAGCCAAAGCGCGGACGGAAAAGAGUUGAAGACAGAGAUGAAGACGAUAAGACAACGAAGCGGCCUCAGCUGGACACAUCAGUGGGGGCCCUCCACCAGGGUAGCUUUCAAUCCCAUUCAGUGACAUUCCCACAAAGUGCUAUUCCAUUCAGUGCGUUUCCCGACGACAUGGAAGCACACGACCCUUGGAUGACAGCGACCUCAUCAUUUCCCAACAGCAAUGGCCAGGAUCACGGACAAGAUUUACGUUGGCGAUUGCCAGAGCGAGAUGCUUCUCCGGCUAAUUAUCCCCAAUCUGCCAUCAUUCCCCGAAGCCACAUUCCGUCGGAUGUCCUCAUGUCUGCUGAACCGCGGUCUGCGGUGACUCCUUCGACGGGAGAAAAGGCCCGCGCCAGGAGGCGACAUGGCCCUGCGGUCUCCUCUGCUUGGCCAAAUAGCAAUGGACUCUCCGCUGGAAAAGGCCGCGGGAGACCGCCCAAUAAAGGGUCAUCAACGGGGUCCUUCUCGACAUUCCAGCUAAAUCCAAGCCGGGAAUCAUCACAGGCGCCCAACACCGACCCCCAGUCUACUCCACUUGCACUUGACACAAAUCCAACGCAAACCUUUCAACCUCCGUCCUACAAUCAAGCCCCAACCCCUGUUGCCCAGGGAAGACCCAACAAGCUGCAACUACAGGUUCCUCAACACUCUGGGGCCCCGGUCAGACUCGCCACACCUCCCAGGUUACUCGUCAAUGGUGUCAAUGGUGCGGUCAUCCCCGGUGCCGAAGGCAUCAACGGCAACCGUCAUCACAGUAUCACCGACACCGAAAAUACAGCGAACAUGCCCCCCAAAUCUCAAGAAAGCGCAUCUAAUCCUCCAAAUCCUUCCGUCGACGAUAUUGUCCGCGCACUCUCUAGAGAGCUUCUGCAAGCUAGACUAGUAGGACACCCAAGCACCAUGCAAUCCGAUGAGGCCGCUGCCCUAGCCUCGGCCAUUGUGAUCAACAUAUCCUCCAUAUACUCACAGUUCCAACUUGGCACCCCCUCUCUACUUCUGGCCUUUCACCUUGGAAUCGGUCACCAUUUUGGCUUCUCAGGCACUCAGCCGGGAUCACUGGUCAUAAAAGUGGAACGUGUCACAAACCCAGAUGGGAGCCGAGCCUCUCUCUCCAACGGACACCUCGCUGGCUCACAAUAUACAAUCUCUCACGAGUAUAAAACCUCGAAUCGAUUCUCGAUGCAAAUCACACUUGCAAAUGUCAACCCUGGUAUAGCAGGAGCGGGAACUGCAGCUCAUUUGAGUGUAGCCGAUGCCCCAAAUCAUGCUAACAGCAACGCCCAUGCUGUGGACUCUGGACUCGACAAUGACGAGUUCGAGGAGCCUGCCACCGAGGCGACAUGGAAGCAACGUUACAGUCGACUUCGGGCUCAGAUGCAGAAAAGGGAUCAGUCCUUGUCGCAGUACAAGCGGAAGAUUGUAGAAUCUGUUAUGGCUGAUAUAUGA